CGUUGAAGUUGUCCUUUCGUGUUAUGCUGUGUUGCUUAUCGAAAGUAAGAGGCACUGUUGAAUACCAAUCUGCAGUAACACAUUAACCAUAAUAUUAAAUGUUAUUACAGAAGUGUGUUGUGUGUUAUAUGACCACGGUGCUUCCUGUUUCCCUGCUUUUUCCUAUCCUGCCAUACCUUACAGGCUUGCCCUCGUUCAUAUCUCAGUCAGAACAGUGGUCAUACAAGCUGAACAUGAACUCUGCUCCACCGUAAACUCAUUAUUGUUGUAAGGAGUCACGUACAGUAUGUGUGUGAAGAUGAAGGGCUAUAGUUUGCUGUGUUUAAUAUUUCUGCUCCCUGUCACAGUUAUUGGACAAACGACACCAGAUCCAAGUUGUGUAACAGUAGAUGACUUUGAAGUGUGCACAGGAACUGCAUAUACAUGCAAUGCUGAGAAAAGCAAAUGCUACUGUAAGGACAAGAAACCUUUCUGUAGGUGUAACAACUACAUAGACAAGUGGUACAUAGGGGAGAAGUGUGACUUUGAGUGGACCAUAUUGAACUUUGCCCUGGUAGCAUCUCUACCAGGACUGGCCCUGGCUGUUAUUGUUGGUGUGACGGUCCAGUGUGUCCAUUACUUAAGGAAACCAGCAAAGAAACAAAAGGAUCGGACAACGAGUUACACAAACUAUGCAAUGUCACCGACAACAUAUGAAAAUAACCAAGAUGACAUGUUCUCCAACACAGUGUUUGCCUCAGACAUGCCCAAUCGGCCAAAGCCCCCCAGUGUCCAGCCCACCCAGGAGAGGUUUCCCAUAUCCAACUUACCCAACCGCCCUUACAGCCUUCAACCAAACGGCAUGCGGCCCACUUUAGAUAGAUUGUCUUUGACCAACCCUACAAGCCAGCCAUACAACUAUGCUACAGGUAUGACGCAGCCCCUGGGUAACCCCUAUCCCAAGUCUCCAUCGCCAAGGAACCCAUAUGACGACAGAGCGCCACCUCCAGACCGUUAUGACGACCAGCACAUGAGACCAACACAGCCCCCACCAGGACACAAUGGCAUGAUGAGAGAAGGCAUGUCUGGGUAUCCUGCGCCCAGUUCACCUGCUCCCCUCUAUUCAGCACCGGAGUACAACCCCAGUUCCCAGUUUCCCAGAGCCCAGAUAGGGAGACACUACUGAGGACAAACAGGGGUGACCAUGGCCUGAAUUAAAAUGCCACCAAUUUCACUAUCACAAUUCAAAAAAGUUCAACUCGUAUAUAAUUUAAAGUGAGUGGAAAAUGUAAACAUUCAAGGACUUUGUAAACUUUAAUUUAACGUACUAAAAAAUGUAUUGUGGCUGGCUGCUAAAUUUUAUGAGUAAUCCCCAUUGACUGAUUAUGAAAUUUGCUCAUAUUUUUGCUGUUUUAAGGUUUAUUGUUUGACAAUUUUGUUACUAAUAAAGGCUAUUAUUCCUAGAUUCAAUCCGUAGCGUGGAUCCACACUAAAGCGCGAUUGAAAUGUAAAGGCAAUGUUCCCAUGUUUCAAUUUCCGAUCGCUUUAACCCUGAUCUCCACACUACAGAUUGAAUCUAGGCCUAAGUAACAGGGUUGGGGUCAAUUCCAAUUUCAUUUGAAAUUCAAAUUCAAUUCUUGAAUUCACUCAUGAAGUGGAGAAUUUAAGUUGAAUUAAAAUUUCAACAAUCUUCAAGUUUUGGAAUUGGAAUUAGACUGUUUGAAUUGUAAAAAAAAAUGUAGUCUUUGGAAUUUCAUUUAAUUCAAUUCAAUAUUUGUAAAUUUCAGAGUUAGUAUCAAAAUUGGACUGCAGGAUUUGUUUUAAAUCAUUUCAACUUAUAUUUCUAUAUUUACAGUAUAGCUACACUGUAUGAAUAGUGACAUAAUCAGCCUGAAGGAAUUAAAUUCGAAUUGGAAUAUACAGUAUCGAACAUUGGAAUUGAAUUAUCUCUAAAUUCAAAGACUGGCCUGGAAUUUGAAUUGAAUGGAAUUUUCAGGGAGAGGGAAUUUUAUUCGAAUUUCAUUUGUAGAAUUGACCCCAACCCUGCUACGUAAUAGGCUAGUCUGAUUUGUUACCAUUUUUUGGUCAUGAGGGUUAUCUGCCAGUGGUUCCCAAACCGUGGGUCGGUACUAGGGGAGAACGACUGACCCCUCUCAUUGAAGCCACGGAAGUUCAAGGCUGACCACAGUACUGCAGGCAUUGUUAGCAGAAAACAGGAUCCCCCCAUUAUAGUGAAUUUUAACAGAUUGUUUUUAAAUUGCACACAGAAGAAGUUAUAAGGAUAAUUUAGUUGCUAAUGGCAGCCUGCUGUACCCCGGUCGGCCUUCAACUUGAGUUACUCAAUGAGAGCGUGCAUCACUGAGCUCGCAUGCAACGUCACUUCCUGGUGUAGCUCACACUGCGCAUAAUAGGUCUCCAUGAGACACCUAAAACCUGUAAAUGAAUUACCUCUUGUUCGUUCCUAUGUGGGAAAUGAAUGGGGAAAUAAUAGGAUUUUGUUAUAAACACAGAAAAUAAGGUCUGAGGUUUACACAGCUUAGGAGAUCUUAUACGUUUUGUUUAUCCAAAAACACAAUUUCCACAUAGGCUUUGUCCAACGAACCAUGGUGGAGUUGGUGCCUACAAGAAGACAAUAUUACUAUUUGUCUUACAAAGGAAUGAAUGGUGUCACGUGAUCUAGGGUUUGACGGUCGCAGGGGUCCAGGUGUGACGUUUUUUGUGCAUUGCAAAAAAAUAUAUAUAUAUGUUGUUUAAGUUUGUGUAAACUUAAACGACUAAAACCAAUCGAAAGUAUGUAGAAAAGAUAAUGGACAUAUAAUACCCUAUAAUCAGAGAAUUUACAAUCAGCAAAAUAAAAGCUAGAUAAUCAGGCACACAUUGAUUUUAUGUUUGAGGAUAAGAACACAUCAAAAUGUGUAGAAUUGACAGAACUUAGCUUAAGUGAAAAUUCUCAGCUCCUUGAAAAAAUUUAUAGAAUUGCAACCUUUUAUUUCAGCUCCAUGGCAAAAUGUGUAGAAUUGCUGGAAAUUAGCUUCAAAACGGCACAAUCUUCUCUCUGCUGCCAAGAUGAUAUUCUUUGUUCUAUGUAUGUUUUUUUUCUCCGCUCGACCCUUAUGGUGGGUCGCGACUCAAGACACCUCAAUUGGUUGGUCAUGAAGCAAAAAAGUUGUAUACAAUGGUAAGUCAAGCAACAUCAAUUAAAGAUACUUUCAAAAAGAACAUUUAUUUUCUACAAAUCAGAUGUUAAUCAUUUUAAAUCAAUAAACAAAAUACAAUCUUAA